UUGCUUUAGCAUAAGAUAAAAGUCCUGUUUGGUUCUGAUCUCAUCAGACCUCAUCUCUUCUCGCUUGAUCUCAUCUACACCAAAAACUAGAAACAUGAAGGUUUAUCUGCUGCUGCUCCUGCUGCUGCCCCUCUGCUCAGCUUCAGCUCAGAAGUUUUACAUCGAGUGUUACGGUGAAGAUUUCCUGAUGGUCAACAACCAGCUGUUGCAGUGCACGGGCAAAGUCCAACAGGCCUGCUACACCCGAGAAACUGGAGAGAAAGGCUGCACUCGACUGGAGUUCUGUUCUCGACCCGGCUGGACCUGCUGCCACACGAACCGUUGCAACGCAGAUUAAAACCAACUCAAAGUCUCUGCAGACCUCCGUCUGAUGGACGAGUUCAUCAGGUUCAGGUCUCUGCGUGAAUCAAGACAGCUGAUACAAUGAAGCACAAUUUCACAAUAAAAGCUUCUAACUGAAUAUAUUGACCCACUGUAGAGACUUUUAUUUUUAACACCAAUUAAAUCGCACAGAACUCUGGGAACUGAAGUUUAUCAAAACUCAAAAAUGAAGCAGAAUGUUUAAUGAUUAAUGUCAUCCAAAAUAAAAUCAAUCUGUUUGUGUUCUGAUGUACGGGAACAAGCAGAAAAAGUCAGAUUAUCACAGAUUAUCAGAUUAACAGGCCAGAUUAACAGAAAUUCCUUAAAUGUCUCAGUGGAAACAAAAUUCUAUUUAUUUCAGCCCUUCAGGUGAGCCAUUAAAGACUUUUCUGCUCCUUCUGAAGUUGUUUCUGUGUAAAAAGGUCAAAAGUCACGCAGCGCCACCAACUUUAAUCCAAUAAGUGAACGAAUAACUGAAAAAAUUAACAUGUGGUUAAUGAGAGAUCUGUCCUUAAAUGGUAGUGUUGUUAUCAAAGGAAGAAGGUAUCUGCAGAUCUGUUUAUCUUUAUCACUUGAUAUGCCUAAAGAGAUAAAAAAAUUAAAAAAACGGAUCAAACAUUAUUCAAUUUCAUAUGGAAAAAUAGAAACCAUUAUCUGAAGAAAGAUAUUUUAUGCAAUCCUAGGAAAUAUGAUGGUCUAGAAGUUUUAACUUAUGAAACGUUAACCAACUCAUUUAAAGUGAAAUGGCUAAACAGUUUGAUAAAUAAUAAUGGAUCAAUCUGGAACACUUUUCCCAACUAUAUUUUUAAUCUUUUGCAUGGGCCUAAAUUUUUUACUUAAGUGUGAUUAUAAAAUUGAGAAACUCCCAGUAAAACUGUCAAACUUCCACAAACAAGCUCUUAUAGCCUGGAAACGUACUUACAAACAUAACUUUUCUCAUACUAGUUGUUAUAUCUGGAAUAAUGGGAACAUAUAAUAUAAGAAUAAAUCACUCUUUUAUAGCAACUGGAUGGAACAUGGUAUCACAAUGGUUAAACAGCUGUUUAAUGAUGAAGGAAAUCUCCUUUCUUACAAAUUUUUUCAUGCAAAUUUAAUUUGCCUGCUACAUCAGGAGAAUAUGCAAUAGUCUUUUCUGCACUACCUAACGGAAUGCUGCAACUCUAUCGAGGUGCAACUACGCACACUAAUGAUCAACCUAAAAAUGGGUUAUUGAUUGGAGAUGUUGCCAUCAUCAAAAAUAAAUGCCCCAAUAAAAUUA